UGGCGUUUAGGGCCGCUUUUUAUUUUGAUUUAUCGUAAUUUGUGCGCAGCGUGGGGUUCACAUAAAAGCUAAUAAAAUUGGCAAAAUAAGUAAAAAGGAGCAGAGCACGAAGAUGCCGCCUGCGUCUGCGGUCAACAAUAAUGCAAACAAUGCGGCUGUGCAGGCAGCGAAAGCGGAACGUGCAGAAAAGCUGCGAGGGGCGCUCCGAGGCUUCAUCAUCGAUGAACGUCAUCGCAGACAGGAGUAUGAGGCCGAAUAUGAAGCGCAAUGCGAGCAGCUACGCCUGCAACGGGAACGCGAGGCACGGGAGCGUGAGAACACCUUGACAUUGGAAGAUACACGUGGACAAAUCACGAGACUAGAUGAACAGCUUGCCGAUUUGCAAAGCCAAAAGCACCAGCUAGUGGUACAGCUAAAGAAAGUACUCAACGAUGACGAGACUCGCAAGAAGCAGAUGAAAGAUAGUGAACUGUUUGCGAUUCAGCAGGCCAUGCAACAAGCCACAGCGGUUAGUGUGGCGGCCCAAGUAUAUAUGCCACCAGUUCGCCUGCAGCAACACUCAGUGCCCAUGCUGCAGAAGGCACCCCCUGCAUCGCAUUCGACAAAGCGCGGUCGUAGUCCUUCGCCCCCCAAUCAGCAUCAAGCGUAUUAUAAAAACGCUGCCAGCUAUGCCCCACAGAGACACGAUGACUACCGUCGUGCCGCGGACUAUGCUAGAAUGUCUUGGAACAAAUCAACGGCACCGUAUCCGGGCACGGGAACGCUCUUCUAUCAGACCACUGCAGCCCCGCCCACGACCCAGCAUCAGGCGGAUGCCCGUCUGUCGUCAAUAUAUAGCAACUAUAGCCUGCCGUUGCGUCCUGCCUACCAUAUGGAACUGCAGCAUGGACCCACUGCCACAGUCAGCAAACCACCCGAUGCGCAGUCGAAGGGGCAGCCCAUGCAGGUGCUACACAUCAAUCUGGAUCAACCGCCCAUUUCGCAGGCUGAUCUUGUGGUACAAGCCACUGGCACCAGCAGUCUUUCCGUGCAAACGUCCAAGCCGCAAGUGACAAUGGAAAAGCUACCGGAACGCUAUCACAUUGAGGGAAAACACGAUGGUGGGGCGCCGCCUGGUCAUGUGCCGCCACCGCCACACUUAUUGUCGGAAGGUGGUGUCAUCUACAAGCCGCUACUCGGCGAGCUAUCACUGCAUCCCAAUGUACUACAGAUAAGCAGCAAUUCCGCGACGAAUCCCAAAACAACGGGCAGCAUUACACAAGGCUAUGCGCCAGGUCGUGGCGGUUCUGCGCAUGAGCAACAACUUGCCAGACAGCAGUUGUCCCUUCUGCCGGGUCAGCCGACAUCUUCCGGCCCCUCACAACCACCUGGCCAGCAGAUUCACUUCACGCGACGCUUGUAUUAAUAGAUUUAGCAGCUAAAUACUUCUACUAAGCUCCGAUUAUUCUACUGGACAUUUUACGAUUUUAACUGAUAAUUUGACAAUGCUGCCGAAAAGCAGUUGCAAAUAAAAAAAAUACAACAAU